UUUUCACAAUAAAAAGUCUCUGUUGUUUAUAACUAAGGCUGCGUUUACACGAUACCGGAUAAGUUUUAAUCCGGAUUAAAUUUGUGACGGAUAGGCCCUGCGUUUACACGGAUCCGCUCUGAUCCGUGCAAGUUUUGUGUCGGCUAAGCGGUACAAUUUUGUACCUGAAAAAUCGAGGUACAAUUCUGUGCCGGUACUGUUCCAUUCUAUAUCAGUUACCGUGUAAACGGUUUAACCAGGUAAGUUUUUAACCGUUUUCACUGUUAUUCGACAAAACAGUGAGUCAGUGCUCAGUCAAUAUUUUUUUAAUACUGCAUUUUCCAACAUGAGACAGAUUCUUAUGAGCAUUUUUGCAUUUAUUUUUGGUGCUGUGGCGACGUUGAACGUUGUUUAUGAACUGGCGUUGGUAAAUUUGGUAAAUUAUCGAAGGCAAAGACAAAGGUAUGCUACAUUGCUGACACAGUCGUCCAUCGUUAGAGGGAAGAAAAUAAAAAGUAAAAGAAAGGCAAAAGGAUGUUGGGUGAGGCCUGGGAGAACAUCUCUGUGGUGGGAAAAUUUCUUAUCCGGUGCUGUAGUAGGUCAUGAAUGGAGAGAGAACUUUAGGAUGUCACAAGACAAUUUCAUGAAACUGUGCAACAAAAUCAGAAUCCCACUUCAAAAGAAAGUCACAAAUAUGCGUGUUCCUACAUCUGUUGAGAAGCAAGUUGCUAUGACUUUAUACUAUCUUGCUGAUGAAGGAAGAUUACGAAAAGUUGCAAAUGCAUUUGGCGUUUCCAGAUCAACUGUAUCAUUGGCUAUUAGAAGAGUAUGUUUUGUAAUUUCCACCGUAUUAGGUCCUGAGUACAUCAGAUUACCUCAAACAGAACAUGAUGUAUUUGAAGCUGUCUCAAAUUUUUAUGAAAAACAUGGCUUUCCACAAUGCAUUGGUGCUGUAGAUGGCACUCAUAUCUUCAUUAAACAACCAGCCAACAAUGCAAGUGAUUUUAUCAAUAGGAAGCAUAGAUAUUCACUGAAUGUGCAAGCUAUUGCAGACUACAAGUAUUGUUUUCUAGAUGUUGUGGUCAAAUGGCCGGGCAGUGUGCAUGAUUCAAGGAUAUUUUGUAACUCAAAAGUAAAUGAGAUGUUAAAAGAAGGUUCAAUUCCCAGUUUGCCAAGAGUCUUAUUGCCAGGCACUGAACCUGUUGGAAUUUGCAUUCUUGGAGAUCCGGCAUAUCCUUUACUCCCUUAUUUGAUGAAGGAAUUUCCUGGUGGGGGCAAGACUGCACAGGAACAAUUUUUUGGGUAUCGACUUUGUUCAGCCAGAAUGAUUAUUGAAUGUGCCUUUGGACGCCUGAAGAGUAGAUUUGGGUGUCUGAAGCGUGAAAUGGACAUAAACCUUGCUGAUUUGCCAAAUGUUAUUUACAGCUGUUUUGUAUUGCACAAUUAUUGUGAAAUGAAUGGUGAGAUAAUAGCUAAUGAAAGAGUAGAUAAUGCAAUAACUUAUGACAGAGAAGUUCAACCUGCAUCUUCAAGUGUACGGAAUCAAGGAUGUGAGGCUUCAGCAAAGGCAGUAAGAGACAUUUUUGUGCAGUAUUUUGAUUAGAGAUUAUAUCUACAAACACCUUAUUGAACAGACUUUACUGAUAAUAAUAUACUUGUACAAAGAUGAUUUAAUUGUUCUUGUACAUACAAUAAUCCAUUUGUUGCAUUUUAAGUAAUAAAAUUAUUGGAAUAAAACAUGACAAAAAAAGGCAA